AUGGACUACGCCGUUUACGCCGUGCUGGCCACGGGUGUCGUGAUUACGCUGGGCAUAUUCACCAAAACCGCUCUCUGGAACCACUACGGGGAGCGUGUGCUGUCACUGCCGCACCCGUUCCUGGCGAGACUCGGUGUACGACGCGAAACCACGGAGUGGCUGGUCGGACUGUGCUGCGUGCUCCUGUCGCUCAACCACGCCGCCAGGGGCGUGGACGCGCUCGGCGGCUACAAGAGCGCAGCGGAAGUGCUUCUGGACCUCGGGAAGUUUGCGGAAGACGCCAACGCAGCGCAGCUCCGCGAGGUGUUCGCGGGCGCCCUAGGGGCCAUGGUCUGGGCGUUCAUUCUGCACUUCUACCACAAGCAGCGGACGUCGCACAGGCGCGUGCUUGAGCACCAGCGCAAACACGAAGACGACCACAUAACUAACAACUGCCUGCGGUUCCGACAGGCAUUUAAUGAGUAG